UUCCGAUGAUCGAUGAUGACACUGCGCCUUGUGUAAUCAUCACUUGUUGGAGCCGUGUAAUGUGCGCCAGGGUCCGCCUGGUCACAAAACUAUCACUUCCGCUGACGAAUUGCGUGAUAUCGGAGAUUUGAGCUUGAUAACGUGCGGCGAGCAGUGAACAACUCCACAUCGCAUCGCCUGCUGCUGCGUGCGCUCCUCCUUGCUGCGAUGUGCGGGAACGUGUAAUUGUCAAAAUCAACUGGCGCCUUCACAGUGAACAAGUCAGACUCGGUCGUCCUAAAAGGAAACUUCCUCCGUGCAAAACUCCGUGUGGUACAGUGGCCAGGCACGAUCCGAUAAGAUGGAUAUGGACCGGCUUAAGUGUAAACGCUGUGGAAAGUAUCCCGAAGGUGACGUCCUGGAGUGUGCGACGAAGGCACACAUUGUUUGCGUUUCGUGUACGGGGCCCUCAAAAUCGCCGCUCUGCGUGUGUGGUGCGAAGCUGAACGCUCAGCGCCGGAUGAACCCAAUCGAGCAGUUGCUGCAGCAAUCCAAAAGUGCCUGCCGGUACGAGGACCACGGAUGUACCUGGAAGUUUACGGCGUCGGAAAUGGAGGCACACGCCGGGGAGUGCAAGUUCCGGCCGUACCGGUGCAUCGCGUCCACCCUGAAUGUGCUCCAGUGUGAGUGGAUUGGGCUGCAGCACCAGAUCGAACAGCACCUGGUCGAGGGGCACAAGGAGCUGGGGCCAGUCUUCCGCUUCCGCCAGUCCACGUCGCUGGUGUUCCGGGAGACGAUGUCGCUGGGCGGCGUGAAGCUGGUCGACGCGUUCAGUAAAAACUUUUUGUUUCACUUCUUUUCCGACGUUGAGAAUGCCACUCUCAGCUUCAUCAUGAUCUACUUUGGGCGCCGCGAGGAAGCGGAUCAGUACUGCUUCGAGCUCGAGCUACGCUCCGUGCCGACCGUGACCCCCGCGGACGACGAAGGCACGGCGGAGGAUGGGUCGCCCGCAGCGGACGGGCUCGUGCGGAGCGUUAAAUUUGUGGAGCGCUGCUACUCAGACGCCGAGAAUUUGGCCGAAUUGAUCGACGACGAGCGAUGUGUGGCCCUUUCGCAUCGCCAGGUGCGCAACUAUCUGCACCGGGGCAAACUGUACUUUAACUUCUGGGUCCGCCGGGUAGAUUCGGUGCGGGGCGAUCGUACCGUGUCGGAGUCGUCCGAUUCAUCGCAGGCAGUGCCGGCAACGAAAGGCAAACCGCGGCCUCCGCCACUGAAGUUUGCCAAUAAGGGUAAAGUGGCCGCCAAUACCAAGCGAUCCGGGGGUGGCGCUGCUCCUGCUGCUCCUUCUGGAAGCUCCUCCUCGUCGUCCGGCUCAACGGCCAGUGUGAAGGCGGGUGAUACGGGCGGCUCAUCGGCCGUGCCGAGUUCGAACGUGUCCCGUUCACCAUCGUCCGCCUCGACGAUUACGGUCUGUUCGGAGCACCACUCGGCGGCGGCGACGGCGGGACAAACCGUGACGGGUGUCAGUGCCAACUCGUCCUCGUCGAUCAAUCGGGUGAUCGUCACGGGGCACUACUCGCCGUUCGAGCGCCCCGAACACAGCCCGCUGACGACGCCCUCCAUCAACAAGCACGAUGUGGUAAGUGGCGGGCAACGUGGCCGCGGCCGUGGUGUCCGUGGCUGCUGGAUACCCUAAAGAUCGCCCGCUUGUCGUCUUCG